GUAGAUGAGAUAAAGACGUAAGGGGAAUGGAUAUCUGUUACUGAUUUGAUAAAGUUUAGGCUGCCAAACCUAACUCUAGGGGUAUAUAUAUCGGCCAUCCCGGUAGAGUUGGAGUGGUUGGACGGCAAAAUAAAAGCGAUCCAGAAAAUAUUAGAUUAGACGGUUAGACAGAUGAGAGGAUGGAGGUAAACUAAAAAGAUUAGAAGUGGAUUCAGUAUCUUUGACUUCGGCAGCAUUCAAGUCAUCUCGCUCGCAUACAGACAGGCCGACAAACAAAAACACCUUUAUCUCAUGACGCGAAGUUAUUCAUAUUAAAAUUGUUAGUUUUCGAGAUACAUAUUUAUGUAAUACGUGUUCUGAAAACGAAUACCAUUCGUAAACCCGCCGUCGAGAUUUAAAGCCGAUUAAAAUCUCACAAACUUCAUUCAAGAUUUUUUGAAACUUCAGAAGAUGCCAUGACAAAUGGCAACAUUUGAACAGCGUUUCGAUGUGAUUAAAACGUUGCGAAAAAUACGUAUCGCUAGAAGAGGACGUAUAUGAAAAUUUACAUCAAAGACAUGAAGUGAAAUAGAGUAUAGGAGUCUGACACGAGCAACAAAGCAAACUAGAAAAAUAAAUAAGGAGUCACACAUGUCAUCUAGGAGGUCAAACUGAUACAUGGUCAUCUGUUAGCACAAUGGCAUUACCUCCGAACUCAGUCAACAUGAAUAGUGUUUACAUGGAUCACUUUAUGCAAGUUGGUCAGACAGGAGGGCAUGCAGGAUGGUAUGAUUACAACACAUUCAACAAUCUCCUCGUUAGCCCUCCCGUUCAGCAUCCGCAGAUUCCUGUGCCUCAGCCCCAUGUUCAUCAUCAAGAAAUCAUCCCUCCUGCUGUGCAGCCAAAACCAAAGCAACCCCCAGUGCCUCGGCAGAAGCCACGUGCGGCACCGAUGGAACGUACUUAUCACUGUGACACCUGCGGUGCGACAUUCUCGAAUUCUUCAAAUUUGAAGUCCCACUCGAGAAUCCACUCUGGAGAAAGACCAUUCACUUGUGAAAUGUGUAAUGCCUCUUUUGUCCAGAGUUCCAACCUAAAGGCUCACAAACGUAUUCAUACAGGUGAACGUCCAUACAUGUGCUCAGAAUGUGGCCAGACUUUUUCAAGGUCAUCACAUUUAACAGGACACAAACGGACUCAUACUGGAGAGCGUCCUUACAUAUGUGGUAUCUGCCAAGAUUCUUUUGUUACGAGCACACAUUUACGGAAUCACAUGCGCAAGCAUACGGGUGAGAGACCUUUUUCCUGUUCUGUUUGCAAAGCUGCAUUUGCACAGAAUGCCUCUUUGCAGAUACACCUCCGUAUUCACACUGGAGAAAGGCCUUAUAAAUGUACAGAAUGUGCCGCAGCUUUCCGGUCUAAAGGAGACCUCAGAAGUCAUCGCAAGCUUCACACAGACGAAAGGCCUUAUGCGUGUUGUCGUUGCGGGAAGUAUUUCAAAACAAAUCAGUAUUUGCAAAAACAUUUAAAGAAAUGUGGUGCACCUCCUACUGGGAAGAAGCGGGGAAGGCCACGUAAAAUGGUACAAGCUGAACCUGUGUUAUUAUCUGUUACCAAGAAAAAAGUGAAUUGUGGCAGUGGGCGUGGAAAAGGGCGUAAUAAAGGUAAGCUAGUUCGAACAAGGGCAAAGUCUGCACGCCUUAAUCGCAGUGUUAAAGUUGAGGAGCAGGAUGAGAAUGUGUGUGAUAUUCAUCAAAGAGACAGAAAUGAGGACUUGAGGCUUGUACAGGGUGGCACAUUUGUUGAUAUCAUGGAUCUGGAGAAGAUAUCCAAGUGUAAUAUUUUGAGUGACAGUUCGAGUAGCGGUGAACCUUUGCCACAAACUCUUGAUUCACACAUGGACCCUUUAAGUAUGCAAGUCCAGGAGCCAUUGCCGGAAAUCAAGGAAUGUGUCGAACAGAUUGAUGAGAUUGCAAAUAGUGGGUUGGAACAGGUUGCAGAUGUCAAUCAGACUUUACAGAUAAGUCAUGUUGAACACAUUGACCACAUGCCUAUUGAGGCCAUGGACCGUAUUGUUCAGGGAAAUCCAUAUCAGGAACAUUCUAUGUAAACUUUGAAUUGAUUAUUAAUUUUUAUAAUAAAGUGAUCUCUUGGUAUGUAAAA